AAUAUCCAUCGCCUGCCUGCAAGUAUUAAAUACUGUACAUAUAUAUACCUAUGUGUGUAUAUAAAGUAAACGGCUAUAUUUACUCAUGGCCGGUAAUCAGUUCGUCUGUCGAUUUCGUUAGUCGCUUAAUCGGGAGUCCAGCCUUUAGAAGGCUCAAGUGAGUGCGAGAGUGCCAACCCGGUAGCUGCCGGUGCUACCAGUACUGCUCCUACUACCCCCGAUAAUAGCCACUUGUGGUAGGAAUAUGAAUGGACUAGAGUGAAUGUGCUUAUGAUGCCUCCCAAGUCACUCUCGAAAAGGAAGCAGAUAAGAUAAAAGUCCUUUAUUUCUGAAUAAUCGCUCGGCUGACGUGAUGCGCUCAAAUGAGGUGAGAAUUGUACGUUGUGGCGCUUAAAAACCGUUCCCGUUUUCUGAAGGGGUGGCCCUUCAUUCUCCGUCAAAGAAAUCAAAGAAGAUUCCACACCCGAGCUGAGGAAGGUCACUGGACAAGGUCAAAAUCAAGCCUGGGGGAAGGCAUCCCUGUUCUUCAGGGGACAUUCCUUGAUUCCAUGAUGUCAAUGGAGAAGAAGAGGAGUACGAGUAUGUAAAUAAGUCGUCGACGAGGUUCUGAAGGGAGCAUUGGGAUCCGAUGCGACGAACGGACUACCCAUCUUUGACACCUUCAGCAGGAUUGGCCUGAAACAUGUCUCCGACACACCGGCCAAUCCAAGUGGGGAGACAACAUGUGGAUGUGUGUGCGUGUGUGUGUGUGUGUGUGUAUGGCUGAUCAGUAUGAUCCAUCAGUUUACAGAAUAGACUUUGAAUGCCCUCAUUGAUAGCAAGAGAUAGGAAGGAGCUUGAGUGAUUUCAUCCAUCUUUGAGGGGGUAACGCACAAGUCUUAUUCGACUAACUCGUGACUAAUCAUAACAGAUUGACGAUCGCUUUGCCACUCUUCUUCAUCUCAUCAACGUUCGUUGACAGAGUGAAAGAGUGAAUCCAAAGCACCUAUCAGUUUCUUUCCUACCUAAGUGCUAACCCAUUCACAGGGACAGACUAUCUUACUUCUAACUCACUGGAUCACGUACCCCACAGUACACCAUCGUACCUAGUGUGGGUAGGUAGUCAGUGGGUUUCCCAGACCGACGACCAUCCAUGUUCAAGCUCAAUGCAGACAUGAAAGAGAGGCCCAUGGGUCGCAAUCUGGUUAGCCUCAACGACGCCCCCGUCUGAAAAGUUGACCAAACUGGAACACUCACCUCGAAGUAGUGGAAGUAGUGGAAAUAGUAGUGUAAGCCGUGUCCUCGAUUUUGCGCUUGGAUUGAGUGACUCCGGAAAUGUUGUGUUGUGCCUCGGACGAAUCUCGAGAACAGCGCCGAAUUGAUAAGGCCAUCAAUGAACAGAUUCAAAAGGACAAACGUUAUGCCCGCAAGGAGAUCAAGCUCCUCCUCAUGGGCACGGGAGAGUCCGGCAAGUCCACGUUCAUCAAGCAGAUGCGUAUCAUCCACGGGAAAGGCUUCACCGUGGAGGAUCGCAAGAAAUUCAAGGAGCUCGUCGUCCAGAACAUCUUCAUGGGCAUUCAGAGUCUGGCCAAUGCCAUCAUCCCCUUGGGAUUGGACGGAGGUUGUCACAUGGCCUCUGACCUCAAGGCCAAAAUCAAGCGGCUCAAUGCGAUCGAAUACCGCACGGCAACCGAGCUGACCGACGAGUUUGCUCAGAUCAUCGCCGAGAUGUGGCAAGAGCCGAUCAUCCAGUCGUGCUACAAACGGCGCAAUGAGUUCCAGCUGUCCGACUCGGCGGCGUUCUUUCUGAACAGCCUGAGCCGCAUUACGGACCCCGGGUACAUCCCCACCGAGAUGGACGUCCUUCGCGUGCGUGUGCCCACCUCCGGCAUCCACGAGUAUUGCUUCGAGCUGGAGAACAAGCUCUACUUCCGCAUGGUGGAUGUGGGUGGUCAGCGCUCCGAGCGGCGCAAGUGGCUCCAUUGCUUCGAGAACGUGACCUCGAUCAUUUUCCUGGUGGCCAUUUCCGAGUACGAUCAAAAGCUCAUGGAAUGUGCAGUGGAGAACCGAUUGGCCGAGAGCCGCAAUCUGUUCUUUAGACUUGUGAGUUUCAAAUGGUUCCAGCAGGCAUCCAUUAUUCUGUUUCUGAACAAGACGGACCUCUUGGAGGAGAAGGUCUUGCAUUCUGACAUUGCCGACUAUUUCCCAACUUUCACGGGUCAGCGGAGAAGCGCCGACGAUGCCAAGAACUUCAUUCGCUCCAUGUUCAUGGACGAUGAUGAGAUGUCCACCAAAAACAUAUAUACCUACUUUACUUGUGCCACAGAUACCCAAAAUAUUCGCCUGGUGUUUGCCGCCGUCAAGGACACGAUACUGCAAAAUAACCUUGAGGAGUACAACCUCAUAUAGGAAGGAAAACCUUAUGCUCAACUCAAGUGCCCAUGCAACAACGCGUCAACAAUCAUAUAUCGAUCCUUUCAUUGUUGUUGAUCUAAACAUCCUCACAAUUGAUUCUUGCUGAUGAAUAAAUGUUAGUUUGUGGUUCACGCUACAAUAAAAAAAAACACCCUGCA